AAAUCGUACAAAUCAAUCAAAAACUCACUCAGCACACCCGUUACACCACAUUGCACCAAUCAGCACGGCAAUCCUUCCCUCCAAUACGUAACACCGUUCCUCAUCAAUAACAAAUCUUAAAUAAAACAAAAAACGCACCCCUUAAUGCAAAUAUUCGUUAAGACACUCACGGGUAAGACCAUUACGCUUGAGGUCGAGCCUUCAGACACGAUAAGUAAUGUAAAAAAUAAAAUUAAGGACAAGGAGGGCAUUCCUCCUGACCAGCAGCGGCUUAUUUUUGCGGGCAAGCAGCUUGAGGAUGGACGUAGUCUGAGUGAUUACAACAUACAGAAGGAGAGUACGUUGCAUCUUGUGCUUAGGCUGAGGGGAGGACGUGUUUAAAUAAAGAUGAUCGGUUUGGACGAUGUUUAGGCUGAGGGGAGGACGUGUUUA